AUGGACUUCGACGAGUACGAUUACUUGGAGAAAGCUGUGGAGGAGCAGGAUGAUAGGGAGACGAAGAAGCCAAAGAAGAGCGAGAGUGAGAGGAACGAGAAAAGCAGCAGAAAGAGAGAGGUAGACGAGGAAGCUGGCUCCGGUGGUCGUGAGGACGAGGAGGUGAAGGUCAAGCGGUCGAGAAGCGAGCAUGAAAACGGGAAGGAGGAUAAGGAUCACUCGGGGCGAGGGAGGGAUCGGCAUCGAAGAGACAGAGAGGAGGAAGCAGAUGGGGGAAAAGAGAGGGAUAGAGAAAGGAACCGUACGAGAGAGAGGGGUAGCAGUGAGAAGGAAAGGGAUAGAGACAGGGAUAGAGAGGAGAGAGAUAGAGAUAGACAUAAGGAGAAGGAGAGGGAGAGAGACAAGGAUAGAAGGGAUAAGGACAGAGAUAGAGAGAGGCAUAAGGAGAAGGACAGAGAGAGAGACAAGGAUAGAAGGGACAGAGAUAGAGAGAGGGAGAAGGAAAAAGAAAGAGAAAGGAGAGAAAGGGAGAAGAGGGAGCGGGAGAGGGAAGAGGAGAGAUCGAGGCGAAGCAGGAGUCGGUCUGUUCGGGAACGAGAACGUGAAGUUGAUGUCAGAGAAAACAGGAGAAUGAAGGAAAAGAAAGACAUGGUGGAGCCUGAAGCGGAUCCAGAGAGGGAUCAAAGGACUGUAUUUGCUUACCAGAUGCCUUUGAAGGCCACGGAGAGAGAUGUUUACGAAUUCUUUUCAAAAGCGGGAAAGGUGAGAGAUGUCCGGCUGAUCAUGGACAGGAAUUCCAGACGGUCAAAAGGAGUUGGGUAUGUUGAAUUUUAUGAUGCGAUGUCUGUGCCUAUGGCUAUUGCUCUCUCUGGUCAACUACUUCUUGGGCAACCUGUAAUGGUUAAACCUUCGGAGGCUGAAAAGAAUCUUGUUCAAUCAAAUACGUCAGGGGCCUCUGGUGCAGGUCCAUAUGGAGCAGUAGACAGGAAACUAUAUGUUGGAAAUCUACAUUUUAACAUGACGGAGACUCACCUUCGAGAGAUUUUUGAAGCAUUUGGUCCUGUGGAGCUUGUGCAACUACCUCUUGACCUUGAGUCAGGUCACUGUAAGGGUUUUGGAUUUGUUCAAUUUGCUCAUCUAGAGCAUGCAAAGGCAGCUCAAAGCUUGAACGGGAAAUUAGAAAUUGCUGGCCGAACCAUCAAGGUUUCAUCUGUUACAGAUCAUAUUGGAGCACAGGAGAGCGUUGCAAAAUCAAAUGACCUUGAUGACGAUGAAGGGGGUGGUCUGGCAUUGAAUGCUCAAUCAAGAGCUCUGCUGAUGCAGAAGCUUGACCGAACUGGCAUUGCUACUAGUAUUGCAGGAUCUCUUGGAGCUCCAGUGUUGAAUGGGUCAGCCCCAAAUCAGAGAUCUACCAGCUUGCCUUUAAAUGGUCAAGUUGCAGUUGCUGCACCAGUACUUCCGGCGAAUUUUACUCCACCUGUUUUACAAUCUGUUGGAAGUCCUAGUGAAUGUUUACUACUGAAAAAUAUGUUUGAUCCAUCAACGGAGACAGCACCAGACUUUGACAUGGAAAUCAAAGAAGAUGUUGAAGAGGAGUGUUCUAAAUACGGUCGCGUUAAACAUAUAUAUGUGGAUAAAAAUAGCGCUGGAUGUGUGUAUCUGCAAUAUGAUACUGUGGAAGCAGCUAUAAAUGCUCAACGUGCAAUGCACUUGAGAUGGUUUGCAGGCAGACAGAUAUCGGUCUUGUUCAUGCAACCGCAGGUGUAUGAAGCCAAGUUCAUAGGAGCUUGAAUUUCCGUUCAUGGUUCUCAUCAUUUAGGAGUAAUCAGAAGAUUCCUCUAGCCAAUCCCUGCUCUAUAUUUUCUCAGGUGGCAUCCCGUCCGGUCCGGUCCAUCGAUGUCUAAUGUCUCUCCUUUCUGUAAUAGGUGCUUAUAGAAGUACUGGUUAAAAAUGUGUCAAUUGUCUUAAUAGAAAAGUUAACGUCCUGUUCUUUAUGGUGGGAUAUUGGUACCAAUUCUUAAAUUUCUGCUCUGUAACAUUAGUGUCAAGCGAAUACUUUUGGUUGGCUUGGAUGCUUUUAUUGUUGUUGACUUAUGGAGCUACUUUCUAUGAACAUGUCUUGCAAUGCAUUUUGUAGAAGAUUCCCAGAAACACUUAUUUGACU